AUGGUUUAUUCUGCUGCUCCACUUGAGGUUUGUGCUGAAAAGGAAAUUAUUACUGUCCGUGAUUGCUCAGAGUUGGUAGAUAGUAAAAUUUUGUUACACUCGUACACUCCCCUUGAAAUUUGGGGCAUUUAUUAAAUUAACAAAUAAAGUAGUUAAAAUAGAGUAGAUCUACCAGGAUGAUGAUGCAAAUAGGAAAUCGAGCUGGGACUUAAGUCCUUGUUAAAAAGACAGGGCUAUUUUGUUGUUGUUGUUGUUGUUGUUGUUUUAAAUUGAUGGUAGUUUCACCAAAUCUAAAGGAGGAUAAGGUAGUCGCCCAAUUCUAAGGGCAGUUAGAGGACUUAAGUAUACAAUGCUAUUUUGAAUUACAUUAUUUUGCACACUUUUCUAGUGCUUGUAACAUUGCCGUGAUUAACUGUGAAAACUGUUACAAUAAAAUGCCCGGAUUGUUCUCGGAUAAUUUUACCAACUGACGUUUAUCUGUCGUGACCUAUCUUUGAGCAGUUUUUUGUUUGGUUGGAAAUAGCACGUGAAUUCCUCAAAUUCAAGCAAUGCUAUAUGUACAUGAUCUUCACUGGGUCUACAAGUCAAACAAAACAACUGAAGUUAAGUUCACUGUUUAUUGGCCAGUAAUGAACCACGUAACGGUGUUUUUUUUUUCAAUUAACCAAUAUGUACAAAACCAUCAAAGCUCAUGAAGGAAUUGCUUGAAAUAAUUGUAACACCUUUGAUAUUGCCUACAAUUAUUGUUCAGGGUAUAGUACCAGUUUACACUGAUUGGCUUGUUUUCUCUGGCUAUGUUCUAA